UGCGACGACGAUCGCCUCCCACGGGCUCGCCUCUCUCGCUCCCCGCAUGCACAUGCGCCGCCUCCUCUCGCUGGCGAUUCCCUCGCCACCCGCGCCGCGGCUGCUGUCCACGCGAGUCACUAGAUCGGGUCGCUUCUUGAGCAGCGUCAACGCGCAGGCAGCCUCGCCGUCGUCAGCAGCCAGCUUCCCUCGGCAUCCAAAGCAGCUGACGGUGGCGCUGCAGCGGGCGCGUACCACCGAGGAGGUGCUGACGCUGCACGCGCGCUACGGCCGCGCCUUCAACCAGGUGAAUCUCGCCGCUUGCUGGAGCCGCCUCGGACGUAUCGGGCGCGCGGAGCCGGACUUUGAGGAGCAGCUCGCCGAGCUGCGGCUGCAGACGCUCGAGUCGGUCGGCGAGUGGGGAGACCAUGGCCUGUCGAAUCUGGUCCAUGCGCUGGCCAAGCUGCGCCUCUCCGGCGCCGAGUGGCAGCCUCUCUGGCUGGCGGCCGAGCGGACUGCACUGGCGCAGGCGCUCUCGGCGCGCUUUAGCAGGAGCGGCUUGUGCCAGCUCCACCAGUGGCGCAUUUGGGCGGCCGAGCGGGCGCUGCACGAGGGGAUGCCGAGCCCGCGCCUCCUCGAGCGCUGCCACUCCGCCUUCGAGGACGGCAGCGCCACGGCAUCUUCGCUGCAGCGUGCCGUCGGCGAUGGUCUCGCUGCGCUCGGGCUGCGGGUCGAGGAGGAGGUGCAGCUGAGCAGCGGCUACUCGCUCGACUUCGUCGUCGACUGGCGCGGCCAGCGGCUGGGCGUCGAGGUCGACGGGCCGUCGCACUUUGUGGGCGAGGCGCCGUCGGGCAGGACGAUGCUCAAGCGGCGCCAGCUGCGCUCUCUCGGUUGGCGCGUGGCGCCCGUGCCGUACCUCGAGUGGAAUGGCCUCGCCCAGGCCGGCUCACCCACGCCCUCGCCCGAUCUCGAGGCGGCCGACAGUACGUGA